GCCGGGGGGGGCAGGAUGCCGGGGGGGGGGGCAGGAUGCUGGGGGGGCCCCGCGCCCUUAUAACGCCCGGCCGCGCCACCGCGCCCCACACACCACCAUGCGAGCCCACAUUGAGGCGAUCCCCUGCAAGAUCUGUGGGGACAAAUCCUCGGGGAUCCAUUACGGCGUCAUCACCUGUGAGGGCUGCAAGGGUUUUUUCCGGCGCAGCCAACAAAGCAGCCUGAGUUACGCCUGCAGCCGCCAGCAGAACUGCCCCAUUGACCGCGCCAGCCGCAACCGCUGCCAGCACUGCCGCCUGCAGAAGUGCCUGCGCCUCGGCAUGUCCCGUGACGCCGUCAAGUUUGGCCGCAUGUCCAAGAAGCAGCGGGACCGGCUGCAUGCAGAAGUGCAGCAGCAACUGGAGCAGCAGCAACGGGACCGGGACCGGGACCGAGACUGCGAUCAGGAGCGGGAGCGGGCGGCCCAAGGCACCCCCAGCUUCACCACGGGGCUGCCGGGCUGCCGGGGCCACCCACUGCCCCCCAGCACCCCGGGGUGCCCCAGUGUCACAACAGAGGGCGAGAGGAAGGAGAUGGCCAUGUGGGACAGGGAUGGAGAUGGGGGCGGUCCUGGUGUGUGCCCCCCCCCCGGGGUUGGGAGCAUCCUGGAGUCACCCACAUUGGAGAUUGAGCUGCUCACACAGAGCGUCCUGGCAUCGCACCGUGAGACGUGCCAGCUGUGUGCUGAGGAGCUGCAGCUGCGCCGCGGAGACACCUUCAGCCGUGAGGAGGUCUGCGCCUUCCAGAAAAAGCCGCCAGAGGAGAUGUGGCAGCGCUGCGCGUGCCGUCUCACCGAGGCCAUCCAGCGCGUGGUGGAGUUUGCCAAGCGGCUGCGUGGCUUCAUGGAGCUCUGCCAGAAUGACCAGAUCGUCCUCCUCAAGGCGGGCGCCAUGGAGGUAGUGCUGGUGCGCAUGUGCCGGGCCUUCAACCCUGACAACCGGACCGUCUUCUUCGAGGGCAAGUACGCUGGCGCUGAGCUCUUCAGGUCACUGGGCUGCCCCGAGCUCAUCGGUUCCAUCUUCGACUUUGCACAGAACCUCUGUGCUCUGCGCUUCUCAGAGGGGGAGGUGGCCCUCUUCAGCGCCAUCGUCCUCGUCAAUGCUACCCGCCCAUGCCUGCAGGACCCGGGGAAGGUGGCCUGGCUGCAGGGACGCCUGGAGGUGGCCUUCCGGCUGCUGCUGCACAGGACGCAGCGUGAGGGGCUUCUGGCCAGGGUGGGGGCACGGGGAGGCACAGGGGACAGGGUGUGGCAUGCUGUGGGACAUGGGGUACUGUGGGGUGCCAUGGGGUGGUUGGUGUCAUGGGGUGCCAUGGGAUGUGGGGUGCCAUGGGUGUGUCAUGGUCAUUGGGGUGCCAUUGGGGUGCCUUGGAACGUGAGGUAUGCGGUGCCAUUGGGGUGCCACAGGACAUGGGGUGCCAUGGGACAUGGGGUGCCACGGGACAUGAGGUGUCAUGGGGCAUAGAAUGCUUGGGAUAUGGAAUUCCAUGAGGAGUGGGUUUCCAUGGCGAUUGAGGUGAUGUUGGGGUGCUAUGGGACAUGGGGUGUCAUGGGAGUACCAUGGGGUGUAGGGUGUUGUGGGGUGCCAUGAGUGUUUCAUGAUCAUUGGGGUGCCAUUGGGGUGCCAUGGGACAUAGAGUGUCAUUGUUGUGUCAUGGCCGUUAGGGUGCCAUGGUUGGGUGUCAUCAGACAUGUGGUGCUGUGGGGGCAUGGCAUGUCCCCAGUGUCCCACAUAUGUCCCCCCCCAGCUGCCGCCGCUGGGCCGCCUGCGGGCACUGUGCUCACAGCACAUGGAGCAGCUGCAGACCUUCCGCCGCCUGCGCCCUGCUGCACCGCUCGCUGCCUUCCCCCCGCUCUACCGUGAACUCUUCGCCCCUGAGUCUGAAUC